AUGGGUUCCCUAUACGAUAUCAGCAUCCCUCUGGGGAUUCUGUCAUGGACGACCAUCGGCACCAUCAUUGCUGGCUGGUUAAUUUAUCAAGCCCUUGGUUUCAUUUACAAUGUCUCUCCAUUUCACCCUCUUUACAAAUUCCCUGGCCCAAAAGUCGCGGCUGGCUCUUAUGCAUAUGAGUUCUGGUUCGACAUGGUCAAAACAGGCAGAUACACCAGAGAGAUCAAAAGAUUGCAUGGGAUUUAUGGCCCCAUCAUUCGGAUCAAUCCCGAUGAACUACAUUGCAAUGACCCAAACUUUAUAGACGAGAUCUAUGCCGGAGGUGGGAGGAAAAGAAAUAAGUCUCCACACGGGACGAAGAACGUCCCGUCGGCUCAAGUUGUGUCUCAUUUCGGUACCGUCGACCAUGACCUCCACCGCAAACGCCGUGCAGCGAUGAGCAAGUUCUUCGCCAAGACUCAAAUUUUACGCCUCGAGGCAAAGGUACAGAGUCUGGUCCAGAAGAUGUGUGACAGGCUUCUUAAAGAAGCUCCUGGCCGACCAGUAAAUGUUGCCGAUGCGUACAGCUGCAUAGCGGGUGAUUUCAUCUCCACAUACGCUUUUGGCGAGCCCUUUGGGUUCCUUGAUCAGGAAGGAUGGACGCCCAACUUUCGAGCUCCAACCGCUGGGGCAUUAAAUGUGACUUAUUUGUUCAGGUUCUUUCCAUUGAUGAAGCACUUGUUGCUCUUGGGACCUUGGCUCUCGAGAUUCCUGCCACAGGAUAUGGCUUACAUGAUUGACACAUUCCAUGUGACCGUUCCCAACAUGAUAGAAAAAGCCAAGCGAGAGAGGAAAUCAGGCAUCCUAAAUGACAACAACCCCAAUAUCUUUGCCGCUGUAUUCGACUCUGAUCUUCCGCCCGAGGAGAAGACGACAUACCGCCUCACGGGUGAGGGGAGUAGCCUUGUUUAUGCUGGCACCGAGACUGUAAGCACCGCUCUGGCGGCGCUGACCUUCUAUAUCUUGUCCAAACCGCUUGUGCUGGACCGCCUGGCACAGGAGUUGCGUACCAUUGUCGACGACCCAUGUCAAUUGCCCAGUUGGACCAAGUUGGAGACAUUGCCAUACCUCAGUGCAACGGUACUGGAGGGUCUGCGGCUGUCUUACGGCGUUUCACUUAGAUCUGCUCGAAUCGCCACAGAUGAGGAUCUGGUGUAUCGGGGUAAAUGGUCGCCUAACGAUGCACCGAGUCAGAUUGACAUCAGUUAUGUCGUUCCUUCUGGCUGGGCAAUUGGGAUGAGUUCCGUCAUUAUGCAUCACGAUGAGGACGUAUUUCCAAACUCCCAUGAGUUCAUUCCUGAGCGGUGGCUGGAUGAACAUGGUCAGCGGAGAAAGGAUCUUGAGAGAUGCUUGUUGACGUUUUCCAAAGGGUCAAGACAAUGCUUAGGGAUCAGGUAA